AUGAGUGAGCUUAGAGAUUUGAGGAAGCAAGAACAGCAGCUGCGGAACACUCUCGAAUCCGUAAGCCAGUUCAAGAACAACUACAAACCGGAAGUGCAUGCUGGUGAACUUGUGACUAGGAUCGAGAUGUUGGAUGCAGCGAUGAAGAAAUUUUACGUUGUGCGAAGGAAAAUUGAGCUGAUUCUUGAGGAGACUGAUGAAGAGGAAGUGGUGGCUGUGAAGGAGACUCCGGAGGAAAAGAAGGCACGCCUGUCUGUACGCACUGAUGAACGUAAUGCUGAGAAUGCGCACAUAUCCAAGGAGGUUGAAGACAUGUACUGUAACUUGAAGUCUUCCCUAAAAGCUCUGCUGCCGAAGCCAGUGGAGUCAAAAGUGGACGAAACUCAGCAGAACGUCCCCGUACAGCAGCACACCAACGCACUGUCUCACGUGAAGCUACCGGAAAUUAAGCUGCCCAGCUUCGGAGGUGAACUUUGCGAAUGGGUCACGUUUCGAGAUAUGUUCCUGAGUUUGAUUCACAACAACGAUCAGCUCACAGAAAUGGACAAAUUUAGCUAUCUUCGUUCUUCGCUGUUCGAAAAGGCGUUGCUGGAGAUUGAGACGGUCAAGAUGUCCUCCGAAAACUACUCUAUUGCGUGGGAUUUGCUGCAGAAAAAAUACGAGCACAAAAAGCUCAUCGUGAAGGCUCAUCUUGACGCGUUGGUUGCUCUAGAACCGAUGAAAAAGGAGAGUUACAAUGCGUUGAAUCACCUCAUCAGCGAGUUUGACCGAAACCUUCAAAUGCUGGACAAAAUCGGGGAGAACACUGCACAGUGGAGUACCGUUCUGGUGCACAUGGUGUGUUCCAGAUUAGAUCCUGCCACUAUCCGUCACUGGGAAAACCAUCACAAGUCCAAAGAGGUGCCCAAAUACACGGAUUUGGUCGAGUUCUUAAGAAGCCAGUGCUCGAUUCUCCAGGCGGUCAAAUCCAACAACCCUGAGGUGAAGAAGCAGAAGUUUACAACAGGUCACGCGUUUGUGCAGUCCAAGCAACAACAUCAACAACAACAGCGUAGGUGUCCGUUCUGUAAGGAGUAUCCCCAUUCAGCGUUUAGGUGCCAGAAGUUUCAGCAAAUGACUGUCCAAGAACGUUACGAAGCAGUCAAGCGAAACGGGCUGUGCUUAAACUGUUUGUCGCCGUUGCAUCUGAUUCGGAACUGUACAAGUCGCCCCUCCCUCUCGAACGCAAUCGCAUUAUCGACUACAACCGAACAACCAUACCGCCAAGUUCUGCUCUCAACGGCCGUAGUGCGUCUUACUGAUCGCUACGGAAACACUCAGUACGCGAGAGCCUUGCUGGACUCUUGCUCGGAAUACUGUUUCAUCACGACGAACCUAGCCCAAAAGUUAAAGCUGGUCGAAGCUGCCAGCGGCCUGUCUGUCGCAGGCAUCGGAGGUUCGGUGGUGCAGUCAACGAAGGUGGUAGAAGCAAAAGUAUUUCCGCGAUCUCUGCGUAUCUCGCCGUACUCGGAGAACAUUCAGCUGCACGUGCUGCCGAAGCUCACGUCUAGACUUCCAACUGAGAAGAUCAACGUGCAACAGCUGAACAUUCCGGAUGAUCUCAUGCUCGCGGACCCCGAGUUUUACAAGCCUGGUCCGAUUGACAUCAUCUUAGGCGCAGAGUUCUACUACGAUCUACUGGCGGAUGGAAGAUUGAAGCUCUCAGACGAAGGACCCACACUUCAGCAUACCGUGCUAGGUUGGGUUGUUUCCGGCAGGAUUCCCAGCAGCUACAGCAACAUUCCGAAAACGCUUGCGUAUUCCUGUCACAACGUCGACCUACGAGAGCUAGUCAGCAGAUUUUGGGAUUUGGAGUCUUGCAACACCCGGAGCGCACACUCCGUAGAGGAGUCGAUGUGCGAGGAGAUUUUUGCGAAAACAACAGUUCGAGAUGCAGAAGGCAGAUUUGUAGUUCAGCUGCCGAAGAAGGAUUACGUGAUGGAAAGAUUAGGAGACUCCAAGGACAUCGCCCUGAAACGGUUGGAAGGCAUGGAACGUCGGUUCGCAGUGAACAACACGCUGAAAACACUGUACACCGAGUUCAUUCAGGAAUAUCUAGCCAUGGGACACAUGGUGGAAGUGCCAGAGGAUGAUACUGCUCAGCGCACGUACUUUCUCCCUCACCACGCCGUAUUAAGACCGGAGAGCACAACAACAAAACUCAGAGUCGUCUUUGACGCCUCUUGCCGCACAACUACGGGUGUUUCGCUGAACGACGGACUGAUGGUUGGACCAGUCGUCCAGGACGAUCUGUUGCCGAUCAUUCUACGGUUCCGUUGCUGGAAGUACGCGCUGGUUGCGGAUGUAGCGAAAAUGUAUCGUAUGGUGCGGAUGGACGAAGCAGAUCAACCUCUUCAACGGAUUUGGUGGCGUGACAACCCUAGCGAUCCAGCCAAGGCCUACCAGUUGACCACAGUAACCUAUGGCACUGCGUCGGCGCCUUACUUGGCCACCAAAUGUCUCCAGCAGCUAUCCGUAAUCGGACAAGAAAGCCAUCCCUUGGCGGCGAAAGUCGUUGGGAGAGAUUUUUAUGUUGAUGAUCUUCUGUCGGGAGCAGCAACCAUCGACAACGGAAUAGCGCUCGUCGAGGAACUUGUGGAUCUUCUGGACACGGUGGGUUUUACCCUACGAAAGUGGACUUCGAACAGUUCAGAGAUUUUGGAAACCAUUCCACCAGAGCUUAGGGAUGAACGGAAUAUCUUGGAGUUGGAUUCAUCUUCGUCGUUCGUCAAAACUCUAGGAUUGAUUUGGGAGCCCGGCACGGACAGCUUCCGAUUCAAGGCACCGAAGUGGAAAUCGGAAUCGCCAAUCACCAAGAAGGUGGUUCUCUCGGACACCGCGAGCAUUUUUGAUCCAAUUGGACUCAUCGGACCUGUUGUCGUGCAGGCUAAAAUAUUCAUCCAGAAGCUUUGGCAGGAGAAGUACGGUUGGGAUCAAACCCUGGCAGAGGACCAUCGAAACUACUGGUUGGAAUAUCGUCGGAAUCUGAUGGCGCUGGAUACACUCCGUAUUCCCCGUUGGAUUGGUUUUAGUGGAUGCUUGGCAAGCGUACAGUUUCACGGUUUCUGUGAUGCUUCACAACAAGCUUACGGAGCUUGUCUGUACCUGCGAGCAGUUCAGGUCGACGGACUGAUCACAUUGCACUUGAUCACGUCGAAGUCCAGAGUUGCGCCACUGGAAGACCUAGCUCGGAAGAAGAAGAAACGUGACAUCACUCUACUCGAACUAUCAGCAGCACUACUACUCUGUCAUCUCUAUGACCUGGUCCGUCGUAGCAUUCAGCAGGAGAUUCGAGCAUUUUUCUGGACGGACUCGAUGAUUGUGCUCUGUUGGUUAGCUUCACUUCCGUCCCGCUGGAAACCGUUUGUCGCUAACAGAGUCUCGGAGAUCCAACACGUCACCGUAGAUGGCGUGUGGUCUCACAUCGCCGGAGUAGACAAUCCCGCUGAUAUCAUUUCACGUGGUUGUACCCCGGCCGAGUUGCUGUACAAGCCAGAAUGGUACGGUCGUCUGCAAUAUUUACUUUUGAAACAAGAACAGUGGCCAAAGCUCGGCAACCGCGCACCAGAGUCAGAGCUCGCUUUGAAGGAGGAGAGACCUACAGUUUCGUUGCCCGCUCGAGCUCGUCCACCGAACGAACUCUUUUCUCUGCGUUCCAACUACCACGAGCUCAUCCGUCUGGUCGCGUGGGUUCGUCGCUUUGCGCAUAACACCAGACGUACAAAUCGAGAUUGCCGGAGAACUGGAGAAUUGUCGCACGUGGAGCUACGAGAAGCAUUGACGUUUUUGAUUCGGGUGGCACAAACAGAAAGUUUUCCCGAAGAAGUAGCGGAUUUGACCAAGAAGAAGCCGAUUCAACCCUCGUCGAAGCUGCUUGCGCUCAACCCUCGGCUGAUAGACGGAGUAAUGCGCGUCGGCGGCCGGCUGACGAACGCACCAGUUCCUGAGAGUCGCAAGCACCCGAUCAUCCUGCAUCAUCAGCACCCAUUCACCAAGAUCGUGAUGUCGUACUACCAUUGGAUGCUGUAUCACGCCGGUCAGCAGCUGCUGAUCGCCGCAGUCCGAGGGAUGUAUUGGCCAACAAACAUUCGAAGUCUGGCCCGCCAGACGAUCCAUCGGUGCGUAGACUGCUUCAAGACCAAGCCACGUGUGCACGAGCAGCUCAUGGCUGACUUGCCGUCGGUACGCGUCUGUCCUGCAGCAGCUUUUCAGAAGGUCGGAGUAGACUUUUGCGGACCGUUCUACAUCCGAUACCCAAUUCGGCGCAGUGUACCGGUCAAGUGCUUUGUGGCAAUUUUUGUCUGUUUGGUCACGAAGGCGGUUCACAUGGAAGUAGUAGCAGAUUUAUCAACCCAGGCGUUCCUGGCCGCGUUCAAGCGUUUCGUGGCCAUCCGAGGAAAACCGCAGCUUGUCAUGUGUGACAACGCUACCAACUUCGUAGGAGCAAAUCGAGAACUGCAGAAGCAGUUGCUCGAUCAGCUUGCACAGCACACGAUAGUACGCACCGCAGAGGAAGAUGGUAUAGAAUUCAAGUUCAUACCGCCCCGCUCCCCCAACUUUGGUGGGUUGUGGGAGGCGGCGGUAAAAUCAUUCAAGGCACAUUUCCGCAAGACGAUAGGCAGCAGAACGUUGACGUACGACGAGUUGCACACCGUAGUCCAGCAAAUAGCAGCAAUUCUCAAUUCGCGUCCGUUAACUCCGCUGAGUAACGAUCCGGACGAUUUCGACGCUUUAACGCCCGGACACUUUUUGACUGGACGGCCGCUCGCUGCUGUUCCAGAGCCUGAUCUUCAAGAGAUCCCAGAGAAUCGGUUAGCGCUGUGGCAGAGAACUCAAGCGUUUGUACAGCAGAUUUGGAGAAAGUGGAAAACUGAGUACCUGUCGAACCUGCAGAACAGAACCAGAUGGACGAAACAGCGGGAUAACAUCAAGAUCGGAACCAUGGUCCUACUCAAGGAGGACAAUCUGCCCCCGCUCAAGUGGAAGUUAGCACGCGUAGUAGCAGUCUACAAGGGCUCGGACGACAACAUUCGAGUAGUAACCGUCCGCACCCAGGAUGGCAAAUUCGACAGAAGCAUCUCCAAGAUCUGUGUCCUGCCGAUUCAGGACAACAUUGACGAAGCAGCUGACGAGAACUAGAAGUGGUAAAUCCCACGAACGUGUCUGUGCGGCGCGCAAGUCAUGACGGUCGGCGCUACCUUAUCGGCCACGUUUCGUUGGGUACAAGCGUGUCGGAGUGGUAAUUCCCACUAGUUGUGGCUGUGCGGAGCGCAAGUCAUGACAGCCGGCGCUACCUUAUCGGUCACCCUAUGUAGGGUUCACCCACACAAUUUGCAACCUUUUUGAUGUCCAACCCGAUCACGCCCGUGAUACGGAGAACCAAUUUUGAACAAACUCGCCCAACCCCAAGUCCAAGCUUUCCACAUCAAUCGAAUUGGUUAUGGUUGCCCUAGUCUCGUAUCGUCAAGCAUGUUUUAUCUCUGGUUUCGGUGCAUGGUAACAAACGCAAAUGAUAAGCCCUCAAUCGCCUCACAAUCAAGCAGCAAGUCAACCCAGAACACUCAGCCCGGCAGCGGACGCGUUGCUUGGCCAGCUGAUUCUGUACUCGACUGACAAACGGAAGGAUUGAUCACCCGGACGUCUACGGUCAUCGCAGUAUCAGCGCAGUAGAACCUUUGGACAGCAAAUCAGGAGCGUACCAGUCGUCGUCAACGGUGCUGGAGGCGGCUGCGGAGGCCUCCACGGCCUCCGCUCCAGGCAACAAUCGUCACCAUCGACAUCACCUGGCACCCAGCGCUGCUGGCGUGUGCAUCGUUGUAGAACUCCAGUGCAUCGGCCAGUGCACUUGAGCAUAGCAGAGCAUCGUAGAAGACACCUACAACACCUAGAACCAGUUCAGCAAGCAGAAUCAACCGUAGAAGUACCGUCGCAGUACUGUAGCAGUCGCAGCACUCGUAACAACCUUGGUGGGUUGCAUCGCAGCAGGCCUUGCCUCAAGAUCGGUGCAAAAGAACAAAAGAAGAAAAGCCUUAGGCAUUGUGUAGAGCUCGCACAGUGAUAACAAACAAAUCUUUUUAUAGAACACUCACACUUAGAUACUAGAAACCAAAACAAAAUGAUAACAGUGCCGUAUGAAAUUUGUGUAUAGGUUUAGGUUUGAAAAGCAUGGCCUUUCAAGGCGGCCGGCAUGUUUAGGCUUAAGAUAUUAAUUAGAAUUAGAACCCCUGGAUUGUGGAUCACGUUUGUGAUAUAGGUCGUCUCCCUUUAACAAGUGCGCUUUCUUAUCUUUCUAUUGUACCUACUGAUAAAAGGCACGAUCGAUGGCGAUCGGUCAGUUGCCACGCACACUACCUUUAGCUUGACCCGUGAUAUCGCGAGAAUACCAGAGCAGCUUUAGAAGUGUACCGACCACGCGCGCAAGAACAUCUACGCGAUCCUCGAUCAGUGUCGUUCGACACCAAAUAAAACUAGUGGUUUGCCCCAAUAAAACGUGUUUUGCGCAAUAAAGUGUAGUUUAUCGUAAACGCCGCGUGUGUUGGAUUUUUUGGCCCGAAAAGGGUGAAACUGGGGUUGAAAACCCCUCGAAGACCGUCUUCAUCGUGAGCACGUGCGUGUGCCGGAAAACGAACGUCUCCGCCGAUCCGAACGACGUCGUCCGCUUGCGUCCUCCCCAGCUGGUCCGCGGUAAGAAC